CUCAGUCGGUCUUCUUCCACAUCAGCCGGAGUUACAGCCACUCACUACUCAACCUCACCGCCACUGUCAAGAAUCAUGGCCGAGAUAAAGGAGCGUACCUUUAUUGCCAUCAAGCCCGAUGGUGUGCAGAGGGGAAUCAUCGGAGAGGUCAUCAAGAGGUUUGAGAUGAAAGGCUUCAAACUUGUGGGCAUGAAGAUGCAGCAUGCCUCCGAGGAUCUCCUUAAUGAGCACUACGCUGACCUGAAGGAGAGGCCAUUCUUUCCUACCCUCAUCAGCUACAUGAGCUCUGGUCCAGUGGUUGCCAUGGUGUGGGAGGGCAAGGGUGCAGUGAAGACCGGCAGGGUGAUGCUGGGUGAGACAAACCCAGCCGACUCCAAGCCAGGAACCAUCAGAGGAGACUUCUGCAUCGACGUCAGCAAAAACAUCAUCCACGGCAGUGACUCUGUGGAAAGUGCCAAAAAGGAGAUUUCACUGUGGUUCAAACCAGAAGAGCUGGUCAGCUACACUAGCUGUGCCUUCAGCUGGCUCUACUGAGCGCUCUGGUCCUUCAGCAGCAGUCCUCUCACCACUUGGUAUUCCAGUGAAACUUUUGCCUCAGAUUUCCUGUUUUUGUCCAUAGCCUAGAGGGAGAAGGACCGACGUGAAGUUCUUCAUGUCUCAGUGCUCACAUUCCCUCUGUCCUCCUCAUACUGUAUCUGGAUCUGGUCUCCGGUCCACGUCUAGUCCCAAUUCAUUCCUCGGCUCCAAAUCCUUUUGGAAACAUUCCAUUUCAUUCCUUGAAUGUACAGUUAUUGACUUGUCUUGACUGUCUGUUUUGUUAAAAGAUCUGCUUUCCAAUAAAAUGCACACAAUUCAAA